AUGAAGUACGCCAUUAGUCUCAGCGUCGUCGUAUUUUCUGCCGUAUUUAACCCGGCCUCCGCUUCCGACCCCUCCUGUAUUAAUGUCAGCCUGUCAAAUGUUCUGGGACUCGGAGAUUGCCUGGGUACCUCUGGUGACCUGUGUACAGGAAAUCAGGAUGGGGCACUGAAUUACAUCGGAAAACUGGCCGAGUGCGUCUUGGAAGGUACCGAAAACUUGGAUCUCGGGACGCAGGGGUACAUAAUUCUGCAAUUGCUGGAAGCCACUCUUCAGAGGAAUGGUCUUGAAGUUCUGCUUAGUCCCAUCAAGCUUGUCUGCGACUACAUCAACGUUGACUGUUCGGUGCUCAACUUGAACACAAACGCUGUCUGUGGAGAUCCUAUCGUCGUCAACCUCCCGAGCGCCCUCAACAUUGGUCAGUGCCUUGGAAACUCUACCGAGAUCUGUGCUGCUGGUCAACCUGUAGAUGAAAGUGCGGUAAAGGUUCUGGUCGAAUUGAUUAAGUGCAUGCUUGACAAUCUCUCGAAGGAAGAUCUACAAACGGUCCUGAAAAACAGCAUCUGCAGCUUGUUAAACAUUUUAGCGAAGCUCCUCGGAGGCAACGUAAUUUCAGGAGCCGUCGUGACGGGAGUCAACGCAGUUCUUGGAACGCACUGCACGUAA